CUUCUCGUUUUCAACAGCCUAUUCGAUUCAUCAAAGUUAACUUGUCAUCAUGUAGUUUAAGGCCACCAAACAUCCAUUACUGACUUUCAUUGCUCAGGCUUCUGUUCAACUCUCCAUCUGACUUAUCGAACUCCUCAGAAUCAAUAGCUAAACCAAGUCCCGAUCCAAGAAAAUCGAAACCCAUGUAAAAUCUCCUCUUCUUUGAGUUCCCUGUCUAUACUUAUUCGGUUCUUCCUUGAUCAUCCAAACCAGACAAUCCAAAAAACCAAGAUGCAAACUUUUUUCCUCUCACUGAUCCUCUUGUGCCUCGCUAUUCCACCUCAGUCCAGAACGCUACCCCCUCCAUCAAUCCCACUUUACAAAACGCUCUUUCGUCUUUCCAUCAAAAUGAAAGUUAACUUGUCAUUAUGUAGUUUAAGGCCACCAAACAUCCAUUACUGACUUUCAUUGCUCAGGCUUCUAUUCAACUCUCCAUCUGACUUAUCGAACUCCUCAGAAUCAAUAGCUAAACCAAGUCCCGAUCCAAGAAAAUCGAAACCCAUCUAAAAUCUCCUCUUCUUUGGGUUCCCUGUCUAUACUUAUUCGGUUCUUCCUUGACCAUCCAAACCAGACAAUCCAAAAAGCCAAGAUGCAAACUUUUUUCCUCUCACUGAUCCUCUUGUGCCUCACUAUUCCACUUCAGUCCAGAACGCUACCCUUCCAUCAAUCCCACUUUACAAAACGCUCUUUCCAUCAAAAUGAUCGCAACGUUGCCUCACCGCAAGAAUAUUUUGAAGUCACCAAGCCACUUCCCUUCGACGGCGCCCACGCAACAUGCACUCUCCCAAUCCUCACUCACAAUUUCAGCAACACUUACGGCCUUCCCCCCUUCUCCGUUCCUUACUUUCCGCCCCUGAAUUGCAUCUGGACUCACGUCACUCUCGAGAUCCAAGCCUCUUGUCAAGGGGAGCAACACGACCGCAUAGCCGCUCUCUGGCUCGGUGGAGCCGAGCUGAUCCGCACCAGCACGGCUGAGCCCACAGCUGAUGGAAUUUUCUGGACGGUUAGGAAGGACGUCACCAGGUAUUCUUCUCUUUUAUCACAGAACAACCUUACUCUCUCCGUCAUGCUUGAAAACAUCGUUAAUGAAGUCUUUACUGGCGUUUACCAAGUUAAUGUUACCUUCCUUUACUAUGAUGCUAACGCCAAAAAUGUUAAGCCUUUGUUAGCUUUGCCUUCAGAGAAUUACUGGCCUAGUAGUAGGAAAUUGAAAUCUGUGUACAACCCUUUAGAACCACUGGUGGAUUCUGAAAAGGGUUCCUUUGAUUUACUAUAUGAGAAACCAGCGGAUUUGAUCAUUCCUAUUUCAGAGGUUGGAGAUGAAGGGUAUUGGUUUAGGAUUCAGAAUGAAUCAGAUAUUCAUUCCAGAGGAGUUCGAAUUCCUCAGAAUACAUAUAGAGCUGUGGUUGAAAUUUACGUGUCAUUUCAUGGGGAUGACGAGUUUUGGUACUCUAACCCUCCUGAUUCAUACUUAAAGGUGGCAAAUGAUGAUGAGGCUCAGCAUGUGAAUCCUUCUGAUUCAUAUGCAAACAUGAAUAAGGUGACUAUGGGGCGAGGCCACGGUGCUUACCGUGAAGUUUUGGUGAUGAUUGAUGGGAAUCUUGUUGGAUCAGUGGUACCUUUUCCGGUGAUAUUCACUGGUGGAAUUAAUCCCUUAUUUUGGGAGCCAGUGGUUUCCAUUGGAGCAUUUGAUCUUCCUUCAUAUGAUGCAGAGUUGACACCCUAUUUAGGCUUGCUUCUCGACGGGAAGGUGCAUUCUUUUUCGCUUCGAGUGGCCGAUGGUAUUUCAUUUUGGCUUGUGGAUGCAAAUUUGCAUCUCUGGUUGGAUGCUGGUUCAGAGGAGGUUCUGGCUGGAAUUGCUUUUAGUUCUCCCGAGUUUUCUUUAGAGCGUGAAUUGAAGUUUGCUGGGCUUGAUGGAAAGUUUCAAAUCGAGGCAGAGAGGGAGACUAAGAUUUGUGGCUGGGUGAGCUCAACUGCUGGCAAUUUUACUACCUCAGUUUCGCAAAAGUUGAAGUUCAAGAACUCUAUAAAGUUUUAUAACAAUGGCACUCGGAAAUUGGUUAAGCAGAAAGUGAAGGACAAGAUUGAAGUGAGGAUUGAAUCUGGUACCGGUCACAGGAUUCUCCAUACAAAGACUAAAAGAACUUAUCCGCUAAAAAUUACCACUGAAACACUUCCUGGGGGAAAUAAUACUUAUUCGAUGAUCGCUAGAGUGAAAAAUUCGGUGAAGGAGAAGAAGACUGUGGGGGGUGCUAAAAGCACUUUGCAAAACAGCCAGAAGUCGAGUGGGUGGAUGUCUGUCAAGGAUCAUGAAGUCCUUUCUGGUGGUGCAAGUACUGAGCAAAAUUACAGUUACGAGGAUGGGUUAGAAUGCUACUCGCGGGUAGUUGAAGCUGAAAAUGGUACUCUUCUUAAGGACGCUGCUAGAAUUCUAUGUGCAACUUCCUCUUAAUUUUGCUUUUGGUUUGUUUUAAGAAAUCUUUGUAGUUAAAACUUUUAUGUGUGCAAAUUCUGAAGUAUCCCCUGGGGAAUUCUGAAGCCCAGACUGAGUUAACCUAGAUAUACCGCGGUUGGUCCGGAAGUAGAAGCAAGCUGCCAUAGAUUGUUUGUGCUCUGCUGCAGUUUAUCUGGACAGUUCUUGAUUUAAACCGCUUGGUUUCAGAGGUUCUUUUAAGUUUUGUACAGCUACUUUAAUCAGCUUUAUUUACUUGUUUGUCCUAGCUUAAUAUACUUGAUGGAUGUUGGAUGCUU